GCUUAGUGAAGAUAUGAAAUACAAUAAAAAGAGUCAAACGCUAAAGUUACCAUACGUGGACGUUACCCAGAACUUCCAAUUCGCAAAAAAGAUGCACGUUGGCAACUUGGAGCAUCAACCGCUGCCAGAUACCUUGGGUUACCGGAAUAUGACCAAAAUCGCCGAGCACCGAGAUUCGGACAUUGUUGUAAAGCCUUAUGCCAUAGGUUGGAAAGGUUACGGCGCCUCUGGGCCCACGUGUUGUACUAAAAUGCGAGUUCAUAGACCAAAGACUUGCGAUCCUAAAAAAACAGACAACGAAAAAGACGACAAACAAAGACCGUCUACAUCGGCUCCUGAUCUUGGAGGACAAUACAAAAAGCCUAUGUCGCUAAUGGAUUUAGCCAUAUGUUGGGACUUUAGACCUGAUGAUCCUAAAAGAGAACCAAGGCCUCCGAAACAUAUUGACGGUUCAAAUGGAUCGAAAGCCCCAGCGGUGUUUACAAUGGUACAUACUCCGAAAGACGAUGUUGAAGAAACGAUUGGGCAUGCGAAUCCUAUUUUUAACCAAAAUCGUAUUGCAGAAGACGUUGGUCGUCAUCCAGUGCCAUAUUUUGAGAAGGACAUGUCAAAAGAAAAAAGGAAGGAUUCGUGUGAUGUUCAACAUUGUCCGCAGCAUUACAGCAGCGGGAAGAAUUCUCGUUCCGGAUCGUCGAGUAGGAAAAGCUCUGGCAACAAGAAACCGCAGUGCGAUGGUAUUAAUGGUUGUGGCACCCCUAGCGAGAUGAGCCGUAAAAUAAGUCGCGAUGAGAGGCCAGAUAAGUUAGAACAUAUAAAAGACGCUUGGAAAGACCACAAGACAAAAAGUGGCAUUGACCUAAAUCACACUCGGCACAGUCUGGAGUCUUACGAUAAGACUCCGCUGGCACAAGGGAAAUUGCAUCACAGCUCUCCCAGCGAAUCUCAGAUAUCAAGACGGUCUAACAAAGACAGCGAUACUUCUAGUUGCAAUACUAAACAUAAGCACUGUCUACCCUGCAACGGAGGGAAAUCGCCGCCAGAACCGAAGAAUCGAGAGGACUACAAGUUUGCUUUCAAAGCAGGUAAUCCCAAUUCUGUGCAAAGCGUGACCAGUAGCGGUGAUUCAAAGAACAUAAAAAUUCCAAAGAUGCGGCAUCCCUACACGAAGAAAUCGUACACGAUACCUACAUUGGCGCCACCGUUUAGUAUUUGGCGGGAUGCUAAUGCAACAGGAUAUCCGGAGCAUUGGCGGUUGGCCAGCGUCUACCAACACGCGUAUAAGCCACCAGAGCAGAGACGUAAACCGCUCAUAGACAGUGUUUACCAAUGAUGCAAUGUUCAAUUUGUCUUCACCGACCCAAUUGGACCUAGUAUUGCGAAGCUGAACUAUGGCAAAUUCCAUAUUAACAUGUGUAGAACGACUAAGGAAACGUAUUUUAUAUCAAAUCGUGUAAAAAAGUUCAACAACAUAGUUCUCUUUGGCAAACAUUCUCUAAGCUGUGGAUUGAUUCCAAUAUGCAUAACGACACCCAUAGUGAAGUGCUUUAUGACAUUUAAACAUGCUAUAAAUUGUAUGAUCUGGAUUAUAAGUAAUAACUCCUUUCGGUAGAUCACGUAUCACGAAGAGUCAAUUUUGUAAUUAAAAUUAUUGUUAGUACCACAGUAUCGACCGAUGUGUAUAUUUUACAGCAAAGCAGUUAAAACAUUACAUACAAAGAAAAUUAAAACUUAAAACAGUAGAACAAUGUUUUUGCUCAUCACAAUGUAUCAACGAAUGUGUUUAUUUUUAAUUGCACCAUGUUUAAUCUUUGUCUAUCAUAAUAAUGUAUUCCAAAAUCGAGUAGUUAUAUAAACUGUUUAUUGGGUCCAAUACAUUUUAACAAUUCAUUGUAUGACUCAUUAAAAAUAAAGUAAUUUAUUAAA